AUGAGGGCCAGCAACUGGGGGAGUUGUGAGGGGCGUUGGAGGAAAGAGCGAAGGGAGAGCGAUGGGAUGGGAGAGCGAGUGGCAGAGGGAAGGAAUCAGGGAGGAUGGGAAACGCAGGAUGGUCGUGAACGGGGGCCUGCAAGUGGGGGAGAAGAGAAGGGAGAACGAGGGGAAAGGGGAGGCGUGAGGGAAGAUGGGCAAGCAGGAUCCGCUGAGACACAGGAGGUCGAGGGCCUGCAGGAUGGUGGGGGCGAGAGGAGAGUAAGAGGGAGGGGAGGGCGGGAGGGUGUCAGGGAGAGUGGGGAAGCAGGAUCCGCUGAGACACAGGAGGUCGAGCCGUCUUCCUCUGCACUCAGCCGUCUUCCUCUGCACUCAGCCCUCUUCCUCUGCACUCAGCCCUCUUCCUCCGCACUCAGCCCUCUUCCUCUGCACUCUGCCCUCUUCCUACGCACUCAGCCCUCUUCCUCUGCACUCAGCCCUCAUCCUCCGCACUCAGCCCUCUUCCUCUGCACUCAGCCCUCUUCCUCUGCACUCAGCUCUCUUCCUCUGGACUCAGCCCUCUUCCUCUGCACUCAGCCCACUUCCUCUGCACUCUGCCCUCUUCCUCUGCCCUCUGCCCUCUUCCUCUGCACUCAGCCCUCUUCCUCUGCACUCAGGCCUCUUCCUCUGCACUCAGCCCUCUUCCUCUGCACUCUGCCCUCUUCCUCUGCACUCAGCCCUCUUCCUCUGCACUCAGCCCUCUUCCUCUGCACUCAGCCCUCUUCCUCUGCACUCAGCCGUCUUCCUCUGCACUCAGCCCUCUUCCUCUGCACUCAGCCCUCUUCCUCUGCACUCAGCCGUCUUCCUCUGCACUCAGUCCUCUUCCUCUGCACUCAGCCCUCAUCCUCCGCACUCAGCCCUCUUCCUCUGCACUCUGCCCUCUUCCUCCGCACUCUGCCCUCUUCCUCCGCACUCAGCCCUCAUCCUCCGCACUCAGCCCUCUUCCUCUGCACUCAGGCCUCUUCCUCUGCACUCAGCCCUCUUCCUCUGCACUCAGCCCUCUUCCUCUGCCCUCUGCCCUCUUCCUCUGCACUCAGCCCUCUUCCUCUGCACUCAGUCCUCUUCCUCUGCACUCAGCCCUCAUCCUCCGCACUCAGCCCUCUUCCUCUGCACUCUGCCCUCUUCCUCCGCACUCUGCCCUCUUCCUCCGCACUCAGCCCUCAUCCUCCGCACUCAGCCCUCUUCCUCUGCACUCAGCCCUCUUCCUCUGCACUCAGCCCUCUUCCUCUGGACUCAGCCCUCUUCCUCUGCACUCAGCCCUCUUCCUCUGCACUCAGCCCUCUUCCUCUGCCCUCUGCCCUCUUCCUCUGCACUCAGCCCUCUUCCUCUGCACUCAGGCCUCUUCCUCUGCACUCAGCCCUCUUCCUCUGCACUCUGCCCUCUCCCUCUGCACUCUGCCCUCUUCCUCUGCACUCAGGCCUCUUCCUCUGCACUCAGCCCUCUUCCUCUGCACUCUGCCCUCUUCCUCUGCACUCUGCCCUCUUCCUCUGCACUCAGCCCUCUUCCUCUGCACUCAGCCCUCUUCCUCUGCACUCAGACCUCUUCCUCUGCACUCAGCCCUCUUCCUCUGCACUCAGCCCUCUUCCUCUGCACUCAGCCCUCUUCCUCUGCACUCAGCCCUCUUCCUCUGCCCUCUGCCCUCUUCCUCUGCACUCAGCCCUCUUCCUCUGCACUCUGCCCUCUUCCUCUGCACUCUGCCCUCUUCCUCUGCCCUCUGCCCUCUUCCUCUGCACUCAGGCCUCUUCCUCUGCACUCAGCCCUCUUCCUCUGCACUCUGCCCUCUUCCUCUGCACUCUGCCCUCUUCCUCUGCACUCAGCCCUCUUCCUCUGCAUUCAGCCCUCUUCCUCUGCACUCAGCCCUCUUCCUCUGCACUCAGCCCUCUUCCUCUGCACUCAGCCCUCUUCCUCUGCACUCAGCCCUCUUCCUCGGCACUCAGCCCUCUUCCUCUGCAUUCAGGCCUCUUCCUCGGCACUCAGCCCUCUUCCUCUGCCCUCUGCCCUCUUACUCUGCACUCUGCCCUCUUCCUCUGCACUCAGCCCUCUUCCUCUGCACUCAGCCCUCUUCCUCUGCACUCAGCCCUCUUCCUCUGCACUCAGCCCUCUUCCUCUGCCCUCUGCCCUCUUCCUCUGCACUCAGCCCUCUUCCUCUGCACUCAGCCCUCUUCCUCUGCACUCAGCCCUCUUCCUCUGCACUCAGCCCUCUUCCUCUGCACUCAGCCCUCUUCCUCAGCCCUCUGCCCUCUUCCUCUGCCCUCUGCCCUCUUCCUCUGCACUCAGCCCUCUUCCUCUGCCCUCUGCCCUCUUCCUCUGCCCUCUGCCCUCUUCCUCUAA